GGAGCCUCUUAUGGCUCGGGAUGGCUCUCGGCGGGCGGGCAGCUGCGGCAGCUGCUGCUGUGGCUCGGGCGGCGGCGGCGAGAGGGGGCUCCGGGGUCGGACGGUCGGCUCUCCCUGCGCUCUCCGCACCGCGGCGUAAAGGAUGUAUUUUGUGAUCGCAGCGAUGAAAGCUCAAAUUGAAAUUAUUCCAUGCAAGAUCUGUGGAGACAAAUCGUCAGGAAUCCAUUAUGGUGUCAUUACAUGUGAAGGGUGCAAGGGCUUUUUCAGGAGAAGUCAGCAGAGCAAUGCCACCUACUCCUGCCCUCGUCAGAAGAACUGUCUGAUCGAUCGAACCAGCAGAAACCGCUGCCAGCACUGUCGACUGCAGAAAUGCCUUGCCGUGGGGAUGUCUCGAGAUGCUGUCAAGUUUGGCCGGAUGUCCAAGAAGCAGAGAGACAGCUUAUAUGCCGAGGUGCAAAAGCACCGAAUGCAGCAGCAACAGCGAGACCACCAGCAGCAGCCUGGGGAAGCUGAGCCUCUGACACCCACCUACAACAUCUCGGCCAAUGGGCUGACGGAACUGCACGAUGACCUCAGCACCUACAUGGACGGGCACACCCCGGAGGGCAGCAAGGCCGACUCUGCCGUCAGCAGCUUCUACCUGGAUAUCCAGCCCUCCCCCGACCAGUCGGGACUGGACAUCAAUGGGAUCAAACCAGAACCCAUAUGUGACUACACACCAGCAUCUGGCUUCUUCCCCUACUGCUCCUUUACCAACGGAGAGACUUCCCCAACCGUAUCCAUGGCAGAACUAGAACACCUUGCACAGAACAUAUCCAAAUCGCACCUGGAAACCUGCCAGUACUUGCGGGAAGAACUCCAGCAGAUCACAUGGCAGACCUUCCUGCAGGAGGAGGUUGAGAACUAUCAGAACAAGCAGAGAGAGGUGAUGUGGCAGCUGUGUGCCAUCAAGAUUACAGAAGCUAUCCAGUAUGUGGUGGAGUUUGCCAAACGCAUUGAUGGAUUUAUGGAGCUGUGUCAAAAUGAUCAAAUUGUGCUUCUAAAAGCAGGCUCUCUGGAGGUGGUGUUUAUCAGGAUGUGCCGUGCCUUUGACUCUCAGAACAACACCGUGUACUUUGAUGGGAAGUAUGCUGGCCCCGAUGUCUUCAAAUCCUUAGGUUGUGAAGACUUCAUUAGCUUUGUGUUUGAAUUUGGGAAGAGUUUGUGUUCUAUGCACCUGACUGAAGAUGAAAUCGCAUUAUUUUCUGCAUUUGUACUGAUGUCAGCAGAUCGCUCAUGGCUGCAGGAAAAGGUAAAAAUAGAAAAACUGCAACAGAAAAUUCAGCUAGCCCUUCAACACGUCCUACAGAAGAACCACCGAGAAGAUGGAAUUCUAACAAAGCUAAUAUGCAAGGUGUCUACGUUAAGAGCCUUAUGUGGACGACAUACAGAAAAGCUAAUGGCAUUUAAAGCAAUAUACCCAGACAUUGUGCGACUCCAUUUUCCUCCGUUAUACAAGGAAUUGUUCACUUCAGAAUUUGAGCCAGCAAUGCAAAUCGAUGGGUAAAUGUAGUACCUGUGCACUUCUAGAACGUCUGAAGUAAAAACAUGAAAAAAAAAAUUUAAAAAAGGAACUAAAACAAUGACGACGAAGACAAAAUUAACUGAGACACUUUCUAUGGCCCUGCACAGCCCUGGAGCGCCAACACACUGCACAGACAUCUUGUGGUGAUCGGGGUUCAGGCACAGAGGGAAAACAAUCAGAACCAAUAAAAGCUAAACUUGUUUUGCUCAUGCAUAUGAUUUCCACUAUGCCUACAGAUACGGCCCUUUUUCUGUCUCGACUUCCGGAGCGGUUGGCCUCUGCGUCUAACAGGAGGAGGGUACAACAGUCAGAGGAGCCCCUUUUCAUAUAGCUCACUGCCCACAGACGCCUCCGGGUCACAACAGAGUGCAGCAGUGAUCGGUGGCCCUGGUGUGCACCGCGGGCUUGCAGCGAUCGGUGGCCCUGGUGUGCACCGCGGGCUUGCAGCGUUACUUUGCACAGCUUGCUUUUCUGUGUCAUGAAGGAAGAUUUUGUUUUUCUCACCGAUUAUUGCCGGUCAGCGGGAUGGCGUGAAAAGGGGAUCCACAGCGCUCGCAACAAUAGCAUUAGGAUAUAUUACACAGGGUAAAUGGGCAUGAAGACUAUAUAUAGCUAAAGAGAUAUUGUUUAUAUAUUGUUUUAAUUAAUAUAAAAUGUAGUGACUGGCGUAGCUUUUCCUGUUGAAUUGAUAAGGCACUUUCCGUUUUGCACCUUUUGUUUUCUUUAAAUUAAAUGCUAGCGUGUUCACUGUCGCUGUGUCGCAUGUACACCAGAAACACAAGUUUAGCUGAGAAGGCUUGGAAGGUACGUCGGGAGGUAUUUAUGCUGCUGUUUACAAAAAGGAAAAAAAAAAAGAAAGAAAGAAAAAAAAAAACGAUUAUUUUUAAAAGACUGGCUGGUCAUAUCCAGAAAUCAACAUGUUGAAUUUUUUUUCCCAUCCAGAAAUUUGGAAUUAACGGACUGCUCCCUAAAUCAUACUUUGUUUUGCAUGCAAUUAAGAAUGGGUUUGUUUAUGCUUCAUACAGAGUCCAAGGAGUGUCUGAUGCUGUGAGCUUAAACCAUAUGUGCAGUUUUUUAAGUUUAUGAAAUGCCAUUUUGGGGAAGUGAAGGAGGGGAGACUCAUUUGACACAAUUCAGUAGUCAAAGGGACACAGUAUUAACUUGGAAUUCACAACAAAUUAGUAACCAGAAUAUUAGUUGGAGAGCAAAAACACAAAACAAAAAGUAGAUCUUAUUUAGAAAAAAGAUCCAAAGACUCUAUGCGGAGCAAACACACUCCCUGCAUUCAUUGAAUGUCUUAUGUUCUUAGCAUCAGGAGCCCUAAAAAUUCAUCUCAGAGAAAACUGAUCCUAGACUAGCUGUCCCAGAUUCUAGAAUGCUGCUGUCUGUAUUGGGAAGACAAUGGACGAAGAGGGAGGGAGAUAGCGUUGAACCUGGUUCCCGUAUUUAAAAUCACCCUUCAGAGUAAAGGGGAUGCCAAGCUGCAGACAUUUUCUGUGUAUUUAUCUUCACUAGAAGACUGUGGACUGUAAUUUAUUUUUUUAAAUAUUUAGAAGAUAGUUGGGCUUUUGUGUUCAGGUAAGAAGUAUUGAGGUAUCCUUGAUUAAUUUUGCAUUUUAAAAAAUCCCCAGUGGGAGAAGGAAGGAACAUUCUUAUGUUCACAGGUGUGCAUAUUUUAAAAGCAAGUGCCCCGGGACUAGAGAUGAUGGCUCAGUGAUCAAGAAUGCUUAUUGCUCUAUCAGAGGACCAAAGCCUGGAACCCAGCAACCAGAUCGGGCAACUCAAAAAAGCCUGUAACUCCAGCUCCAAGGUAUCAGUGUUCCUAUUGGCCUCUGUGGGUGCGUGUGUGCAAGCACACACACAUACACACAGUGAAAGAGACAGACACACACACAAAAAAAAAAAAUCAAGAAAUCCUUUAAAACGAGUUCCCUUUUGAGAAAUUAGGAGGCAUUUGGAAGAUGACUUUGGCCACAAGAUACUGGUCUGGCAUCAAAGAUCAUGCAUUACCUGUGAGGAAAAGGGAACAUCGUCCUUGGCACAGGUGGGUGCUUCCAUGAACCCCUACACGUGCAAUAGCCUUUUCUGCCACUAGGGUCCUUGUAGACUCUUUUGCCAGCAUUUCUGUUCUUGCUGAUGUCCCUAUGAUGGGUUUACCCGGGCCAGCCUCCCAGAGCGUGUCAGAUUUUUAACUUCACUGACUUUCUGCCUUAUUUACUGAGGGACUUGGGAAGUAGGAAGGAAUUAUUUGUACAGAAAUGUGUGGGCGAAACCUAAAUAACAUCUGAUUUUUUUUUUCAAAAACAGAGUAAGGGUUUAACCAUAAACAGGAGAGCGAUAUUUACUUAAAUUUCUUACAAGCAUAGAAAUUUUUAUGUGUUUAUAUAGAGAGGUUAGCUGUCAACAUAUAAUAUUUAUAUUGGGCAAGAAGGGGUAAAUCAAAAUUUUAUUUAAGCAUAGUUCCUUUAAAGAUUAAUAGUAUUUAUAUUCUGAAAAGAGUACAGUUUUGUUAUUUAUUUGCCCCCCUUUUUUUUUUCUGUUGUUUCUCCUGUGUGAGGGAAUGGUGUGAGGUUUGGGUUUGGUUUUCAUUUUUCUUUUCUCUUAAGUUCAGAUUUACUAAAUUUGGGGAUGGUUUUAGUAAAGUAUAUUAACUUCUUUUUAACCAAAGCUUUCUGCAUAUGACCAGCCUCGGGUGCUAGCGCACUAAAGAGCAACUAAACCUAAUCCCAGUGUCGGCAUGUGAAUAAGGGAGCUGACCCAACUUGUCCAAGGGGGAGAGAGAAGGUGACAUUGAACUUCAUCUUCCCAGGAAGGAUUCUGCAUGUACCUAACACAAAACAAACCCACGAUACUGCAGUCUCAGUGCCAUGCUGCGGUGGCCAUGCUGCGGUGGCGUGGCUUUCACCACACAGCAGGAGAGAGCAGGGUGCUGCUGUUUCCGGGUGUUCCCGAAAGAAAAACGAGAAGUAGGCUUUCGGAGCAAAAUCCUCUGACCUUGCGGGGACAGAGCCAUACAGACGCACUCUGAGAAACUGAGGGGAGAACUGACGGACAAUUUGCACCUAAGUUGAGAGUCACAGGGAGCCAAGAACAGGAUGGAAAACCUUUGGCAUUUUUCUUUUCCUUAUCAUGAGAACCCCUUGUGUGGUGUCACAAGGUGGUCGAUGACAGAGAAUCAUGAAGCUUAAUAGUUCAUGUCAUGAAAGUUGCCUGAACUUAAAGACUCGACGGUCUCCUGGGGACUGAGCAGUAUUGUACGCUCAGCUGCUGGAAUGCCAUCAGAUAACUCUUUUUUUCCAGAAGGUAAAUGAGGCUUUUGUACAAAAUCUGGAUAUUGUUACUGUGAUACUCAAAUGGUCCAGCAACAUUAUGAGAAACUGGCCUUGACCACAGUGAAGUCCAAAGUGCUGCUGAAAACACUUUUUGGACAGAUCACAAACUGUACUAAGCUAUGGAUUUCUUUUUAUUUUUUUUAAGCAUUCAGAAUUUUAAUUUGUGUGAAAUCCAUAUUUUUUUUUUUUGCCCCAAAGUCUUUCACAUCCUGGUUCACCCUUCCUAACUUAAGGAAAACAUGACCUAAGACACUGCUUCUAAGUUUGGUUGUUCUUUAGCGAGUGGAUACCAGAUCUCUGUGAGUGAACGGGGGUGGGCUGAGGGUCAGGGGAGGAAAGAGCGUGUCUGCCUGUGUGUGUGUGUGUGUGUGUGUGUGUGUGUGUGUGUGUGUGGCUUUCGUGUGUAUGAUAUGCGUGUGUUAGACCGCUUCUAGGCUACUAAGUGUCAAUGGAAAAGAAAAUGUAUUCAAAAUACAUAAAUCAAAACUAGAAGAUGGAAAAAAAGAUUUAUUCUAUACAAAGCCUUGUCUGGACCACUCUAGAGAGACUUCUAUUUUUUUAACCCUUCUAUAAAUAUUUGAUGGCACUAGAAAUAUUCCUGCAAUAAAAUGUGAUUUGUGUAAAGAAAAAAAAAGAUUUUGUAAUGUGAAACAAAGAAAGAAAGUAAUGUAAUUUUCUAAAAAAAAAAAUACAAACAAACAAACUUUGUAUUAUUUUCUUGAUGGAAUUUGCCUAUCUGUCUUUGGAAAACUUUUUAUUUCAUUGAAUGUGCCAUAGUAGAUGUAUGUGUUUUUAGUUUUAGACUAAGGGAUGGCUGUUUGUGUUCCGACAUUCCAAAAUGCAAAGCAACUUAGAAGAAGCCUUGAUGAGGAGGUUUCAGUAGGAUGCAAGCGUCUCUCCUUGUUGCUUUUUUGCACACGUCUUUAAUUCCUACCUAGUGCAAUAUCUGUACAUAGAGCACUUGCGGGUGUACUUUGAUCCCUCAGGGAAAAACACAUAUUUGUACAGCUGUUGGGUUUGUUUUGGUUUUUUGUUUGUUUUUGGGUUUAUUUUCCUUUUUGUUUUUGGCUAAGGAAUGUCGAUCGAAUCACGUGUUAUUGUUAAGAGGCAGCCAGAUAAUCAGCCUAAAGCCACUGUUUCAGACCCCGAUUGUUUGAGUCAUGUCUUUCCAGUACUAUUAUUUUCAAAUAACAAUUAAUAAUAAUAAUAAUAAAAGGCUAUUUUCUGACA